AUGAUGCAGAUGAAUCUCCUCAGCAACAAGCUCCCGUUGCGGCGGGCCCUUCGGUGGUUGGUGCGGGAGCACAGGCGCAAGCUAACAAACCGGACCAAACAGGUGGACAUGGAGUGGAGUCCACCGAAGGGCCAGGCAGAAAUGCAGUGGAGCCCCGACAAUUUAACAGGUGACGGCGACUCAGGCGACAUCAGGGGCAACGGCGGCACAGCUGUGCAGGUGACGGAUCACCUGGACACAUUGGGGCGGAUGGAGAGGUGGAGAUCCGUAUUGUUGCCACUGAAAAAGGAACGGUUGGCGACAGAGGUGCAG